AAGGAAUUUGAAAGGAAUUAAUAAUGAAAAGAACAAAAUAAGAAUUGACGCUUUUUGAUAGCUGAAAUGCGUUUUUUAUUAAUGUUAUCCUUUGGAAUGUUCGGUAUACGAUAGUUUUCAGACUUUGUGAAUUCGGAGGAAACACAAUUCUUUUAUGAAGAAAAGAAAUAAAUUAUCUAGCUUCAAUAUCAUGAUGGGCCUUUACUAGAGAUUGCUUAUAAGAGAAGUAGAAGGAACUUUGGAGAAGAAUGAGCUUGAAAAGGAAACUUCAUUUUUUCAAUUCUGACAGGAACAAGUUUUUGAUCUCUUCGCUUUCAUUUUCUUGUUAUUCUUAAGCCUUCUUUUGAGCUCUGGUCUUGGGUUGAUUUGAUUUUCACGAAAGAAUUGACGAAAGAAUACUAAGCAGAGCUGGAUCCUUUUUGGAAAAGUACUUUUUUCUCGUGAAUUAUUUUGCAAAUUCAUUGCAUUUUAAUUUCCAGUCAGAAAGUAUGAAAAUUCGACAAUUUGACGAAACAUGAGUAACUCUUCAGGUUAUCCCUUUAUCGAAGGAUUGCGAUUUGAGUCGUUUUGCCAGAGAAGGAGAUGUGUAUUUAUAAACGAAAAAAGAACUUGGGCCGUUCGCUGCUGUAUGGGAUCCGUCUUCUCUCAUCAUAGACGAGCUAAUGAACUCACUGUAUCUCAAUCAGAGAUGAUUUGAGAUGGGUUGCCUUAAUGGCUUUCACAUAUUAUUAAUCUCGUAUUGAGAGUAAACCAGGAUUCGAGAAAAGUUUUAAUCCUGAUACAAUUACCUUCGGCAAAGUAUCUUGUUUGUUUACAUACUCUUUCAAGCUCCCAAAAGGAUUUCUUAUUUGUUUACUGAACGUUUUAAGAUAGAUAGCGCAGUAGGUUGCAUUUCGUUAUAUGGCUGUCAACACCACAGGCGAUGAACCAUGGACGACAAAAUUUUUAGUAGGUGGAUAGUGGAAGUGUUUUGCCUCUGGAAAAACACAAAACGGACGACUGCAGUCAACAACGCCAAGAUUUAGAGCGGGUUUUCUGCAAAAAUCUCAGUGGUAUUGACAUUAUUGAAUCAUACCAUUGAAUAGAUUUUUUCGAGAGGAAUCGAACGGUGCCCCAUAACCAUGAGUUCGGGCGCUAAAAAUGCGAGGGCAUACCGUCAGCGAAAAGUUGGUAUUAAGACGGUAAUGCCCAUUUGUUUAGAAAAAGAUAUACCAGAUUUUGAUGAAGAAGUGUCUCAGCAGCGGACUGUUCCACAAGUGGAGACAGGAGUUGAAAAAGAAGAAGAAGAGGAGAAACACUUACAGCAAGUUAUCAAUGCUGCACAUGAAGCCAUUAUACGAGGAGAAACAAAAAAGGUGGUAAUUCCUACACGUGAAGCAAAGUCUAUCGGUGUAGUUGACAAAUAUUAUAAACGAGACUUUUUAUGUCCAAAAACUUCACUGAGGUUUUCUUUGACUGUUGAAGAAUGUAUCAGCCCGGAAUAUUGUAUGGAUGAGCAAGAUCAAAAAUUUUUUGACGAAUUAAAAAAUUCCCAAUCUUCUCUUUCCAAAUGUUCUGAAACAGAUUUCGAAUGGGUAAUGCAAAUUCUGGAAGAUGAGAUUGAUGAAAAGCAACCUUUUUUAAACAUGGACACAUCUCAAAUAUUACCUGCAUCAGAAUUACUACCAGCAUUUGAGGAACGUGAUUUUGCAAAAUUAAAAGACCUUGCUGCUCAUGUUUAUCCAUAUUGGCGCGAACGUCGUAUACGGUCAGAGGGAAAGCGUAUUCUACACACUGCUCAAAUUGGAGAUGAUAAAGACGACGAUGAUCCUUAUGUCUGCUUUCGUCGACGUGAAGUUCGACAAGCUCGUAAAACUCGUCGAUCAGACACACAAUCCAUGGAUCGUUUGCGUAAGCUACGAUUUAAUAUGGAAACUAGUUUUCAAUUACUUGACAAAGUUUGGAAUCGUGAAAAGCUUAAGCUACAUGGCAUUCAACAAGACUUUUCUAUUUUCCAGCACCGUUGCUUGGUCAAACGACUGAAGCGCACAUUGAACAUUAAAGAUAGUGACGAAGAUCUUAUUAAUCCUAAACGGAAGCCAGUGGAGCCUAAACCCGUGGCGGCACCCGUUGCUGCUCCUGCUGUUGCACCACCGGCCCGUCCUACUGCUCAUACUCCAACUUAUCGACCGGCAGCUCCACGUACCCUUGAGGUUAAACCAUUGCUUAUGUUGGACGAUUUGAUUGCGUCGCAGAUUACUCAAUUUCAAAUACGGUUACGAGAGCAGCUCAACAAAAAGGAACAAGCAGAUCGUAAUUGGGUUGAUGUAUUUGAAAACCCUAGCACGGUUGUACCGGUCGAAUACCCCGAUUCCUUUUAUAGAAAUAUACAUUCUCAGAUAGUUGAAGGUUCACUUCAAUCCUUUAAUCCCUCUAAUAAUGCCUCUCUUUCUUCUACUCCUUCUUCGCCUUCAUCUGAAGCUGAUCCCGGUUGGUCACGUCCUACAUCAAUGUCGAAUUCCUUUCUUACAAGACCGGAAUCAGUAUCUGUUAAAGAUUCUUUACAACACUAUAGUCACCUUGUAUCUGCUCGGAAUCCCCUUUGCGUAAGGCAACGUCGUGGACGAGGAGGUCGUGUCAUGAUUGAUCGCACUCGUGCUUUGCCAAUACAUAAGCAGCGCCUACCAAGUAAUCGCUUUGAAGAUCGUUGGUUUUUCGAUAUUCCCUUUGAUCCUGAUGACACAGUAAUUUUAGACGAUGAUUCAGAUGCCUCUAUUUCGUUUCGUGCGAACUUGCUUGCCGAGCAUUCUAUUGCAUAAUUUUUUUAAAAUCCUAAUUCAUUUUGGUUGAAUUAAUCAAAUCAUGGAAGUUAAUUCCGUUUCUGACCUCUGGCUUUUAUAUUAAUCGAGUCACGCGUUUACUAUUGUAAAAGGCCUUUCGCAUGCUGCAUAAAAUAUUAUUACGCUUCUUCUAUUAUUAUUACAUGAAAAAAAAACAAAGGCCUUAAAUGUGGUGCUGCUUGUUGCUGAGCGUUUUCAGAAUGGAUAACCUAGUUAAAUCCAUGAAUUAACGUUGGAAUCGUUAUUUCUUUUUGGCGUUCUUUUUCUAAAGCUUAUAUGCUUUGUAUGCAAAAUGUUGUUUAUGACUUAUUUAAUGACAAUUUUUUGUUUUAUUUAUAUUCCUUGU